AUCAAGCUACUCAAAAAUGGUGUGUACCACUAUUCACACUUUCCGGAGAACGUUAUUCAGAGGGAAUUCAAUACUGCUUUCCUUGAGUAAGUCUGUUAGCAUGACUGCUUGUUUCACCACAUUUACUUCCCUUUGUGUGUUAGUGCAUUAAUUAAUAUGUUACUUUGGCCCUUCUUUCUGUUCAAAGCUUUCCUUAGUACAUUAGUAUGACCCUUAUUUCAAUUCAAAACUUUCCUCAGUAAGUUAGUACCCCAGUACGACCCUGAUUUCAAUUCAAGACCCUUCUUUUUAUUCAAAACUUUCCUCAGUAAGUUACAGCUGUAGAAUGUUAGUAAGACACUUGUUUUUAUUCAAAACUUUCCUUGGUAAGUUAGAAUGUUAGUAUGACCCUUAUUUCAAGUCAAAACUUUCCGCGGUAAGUUAGUACCAUAGUACGACCCAUAUUUCAAUUCAAGACCCUUGUUUUUAUUCAAAAAUUUCCUCGGUAAGUUAGAACAUUAGUAGCACCCUUGUUUCUAUUCAAAAUUUUCCACAGUAAGGUAGUAUGUUAGUACAAUGCUUGUUUUUAUUCAAACCUUUCCUUAGCAUGUUAGAAAGGCCCUCGGUUUUAUUCAAAACGUUCCUCGGUAUGUUAGAAUUCUAGUAAGACCCUUGUUUCUAUGCAUUCAUAACUUAUUUAUUUACUGGAAACAGUGAAAAUAACAGUUACGUUUUGUGUAGAUUUAGUUUGAAGAAGUGCUAAAGAGAAAAUUGAAAUAAACAAUUCCUAUUCUGUGCUUGGAAGGGAUCCAUAGAGUCGUUGAGCUGUAGAACCAUAGAGCUGUAGAGCCAUAGAGUUCAUUAUCUAUUAUCUACAGAAAAGUGUGAUUGUAGAGUUGUACAGUUCAUUAUCUAGAUAUGUGUGAUCGUAGAGCUGUAGAGCAUAGAGUUUAUUAUGUACAAAUGAUUGUUAACAAAUGAGUUCAGGUGUAGGGUUGAAUUAAAAACUUCUACAACAGACCAAAAACUGUUGGUAACCAUGAUAACAAGCCACCGUUUUAUAUGCACAUGCAAAAGAAGUAUAAAAUGACCGGUGAUAAAUGCGUAGAGGUGUAGCACUCUACAAAAACUUCCACAAUAAUGUGAGGUUCAUAAAACAGGCACUAGUUGACAUGAUGGCUGUCCAUGGCCGAUCCUUGUGAAGGGCUUUUCGAUACAGCUCAGCUGGAAAUUAAAAUUAGCGACCUUGUCACCGUGACAAGUACCACUUACACACACGUAUACCAGAUGGGUGUCAGUGGAGAAAGAGGUAAAUUUGUACUAGCAAAUUGUAACUGUGCAAUUGUCACGCUGGUGAGGUCACUAAUUCAUGGGGGAGGAUGUUAAAAUGCAUGGAGUUUGAGACACGAGCUUGUGUUCUCUAAGUUUUAAAUGCAUUUUAUGGUUUCUUAUCUCUGAGUGUUACCAACAGUAAUUGCUACAAAGAGCUUUUGGUUGUACUCUGACUCAUUUCAUUUUACACUUUGUUACAAAGUGUAUAAUAGCAAUCAGACUUGUGUUAUGAAAUAAUGUUCAUUUAAACCUCGACCCUUCGUAAAAUUUAUAACUUUCUACUUGCAUUAAUUGCUUUAGGAGCCAUUUGCAACCUUGUAAGUCAAGUCAUCAUGGAGAGACUAAACCAUUCACAUGUUCAUCAAGAUGGAGUGAGUGUCAGUCCAACUCUUACCAUUGCUGAGGAAACCUCUCAGAUGGCUAUUGACGAUGCCUCAUCAGACUGCAGGUCAUCUGAAUGUAGCAGUUCUCUGACAGAGCGAAAAGCUGAUUCUUUAGCUUUAGAAUGUUCCAGUGUUGGCAUACCUUGCCCAGAGACACCCAUCAUCUUUGAAACAAGGCAGCUGAAGUAUUUGGUUCUUAGUUAUAGUCGCUCACUGGAUGAAGAAAAAAAUCACCCAAAGCGAUCCCAGGAGGAAAGAUGGAUCGUUAGUCUAUCUCAGGCUCGUCAUCAGUGUGUUUUAUUUUCAUUACUUAUUCUCCAAGGAUGUUUCAGUCAAGAAAGACCUAUCCCUCAGAAGUCACCUCUGGUGCAUCUUCUUAUCAAUGAAGAAGGUAACAUUCCUUGGUUGUUCCUUGUGGAUCUUGUCAAAACAGCAGCAAAUGAAGAUUUACUUGAACAGGUUUUCAAGCCAGUCCUGGUGGGUCUGAGUCAAGAAAUGCAACAGUGUAAUCUGGCAACUGAUGGGUAUAAAGCUCCUCUACUAGCACUUUCAAAGUUGUGUGACAUCCGCUUGGGAACAACCUCAGUUCGACCCAUCUGUAACUUGAUGGUGACCUUAACUGAUCUAUGGAUACCAUCUCCAUUAUCAAAAGCAGAGGGAAAGGAGAUUGAGAAACUGUCUCUUCUUGGACCAUUUCUUAGUCUGUCUGUGUUUUCUGAAGAUUGUCCACAGGUUGUUGGUCGUUACUUUUCCUCCGAGUCCUCAGAAAAUAUGAAGCUUGUCAAUGUCACUUUGAGAAGUGCUCUUCAUCUUGUCAGGGCAGAAGUUUUCAAGAUAAUUCACAGUAUGCUUGUGUCUACGGAGAGUCGUGAUGCCUGUCUGAAAUUCAUGGCUACAGUUUUGCAAAGAAAUCAACGCAAAGCACAUCUGCAGGUUGACGAUAGACAAGUUGCCUCGGAUGGAUUUAUGUUGAACUUCAUGACAGUGUUGCAGCAGCUAUGUGCAAAAGUAAAAGUUGAGAAGGUGGACAGUCUGUAUUUCCAUCAUCCCAAAUCAAGAAUAGAUAUAUCUCAAGAGUCCAGGCUGAAACUCACUUCACAAGAAGUUGCAGAAUGGAAGCAGGAUUUAGAUAGUAAAAAUGCCUGGUUGGAGCCCAAAUUUCCUACUGAGUGUUUCUUUAUGGCCAUUCAAGUCCAUCAUUUGGCGGUUUUACCAGCUUGCAGGAGGCAUUUGCGCAGACAAAGAGCUCAUCGUGACCUAACUCGCAUGAUUGAACAUUUAGAGUCCCAUGAGAGUGAAUGGAUAGAAACACCUAUGGCUUCACGAAACAAAGGCUUGUUAAAGAAAUGGAGAGAGCAGAUCAAGAAACUUGAAAAUGGUAAGGCUUGUUCUGAAGUUGGAUUACUUGAUGAGGAACUACUACGUGGAUGUUUAAAAUUCUUUGGGUUCAUGGCUACAUGGAUAUUGAAGCUUGUGGAUCCCAGCAAAAAGGGGCUUAGUACACCUCUGCCAGAAAAGAUUUCCAUGGAGCUUGCAUCUCUUCCCGAUUAUCUUGUUGGUGAUGUGACUGAAUUCUUGCUCUUUGUAAACAUGUAUGCGUAUGUAGUACUGGAGGAUCCUGUUAUGAGCGAUAUUGUUACUUUUCUUGUUGUCUUCGUUUGUUCACCAAACUACAUCUCAAAUCCUUAUCUUGUGGCAAAAAUUGUCGAGGUGCUGUUUGUUAUGAAUCCACACAUUCAACCAGUGGCCUCGAAGAUUCAUGAGAUGAUACUCUCUCAUCCGUUGGCCAUGGGAAAUUUAGCUCCAGCACUCAUGAAUUUUUACACAGAUGUAGAAACAACUGGUAGCUCAAAUGAGUUUUAUGACAAGUUCAGCAUACGGUAUCACAUCUCUAUUAUAAUGAAAAGUUUAUGGGAAGACGUGAGCCACAGGCAGGCCAUAAUGAAGCAAAGCAGUCCAGAUUCAAGGUUGGUUUUGUCGCAACAUGGAAGGCUUCAUGUGGUAAGCUUUGAGACUGUUUCACGAGAUACACAAACCCUAUGCGUGACAAGUUGCAAUUGUGGUUCUGAACACAGAUCAAUAGUGCAGUGCCAUAUUCUCAUUGUGGUUUCUAUCUGGCUGCAGGUUAAAACCCCUGAAAAAUAUGGAUUUGAGCCCAAGAGUCUGCUAGAUAGACUCACACAAAUUUAUGUGAAUCUUGACUCAGAUCAAUUUGCACAAGCUGUGGCUGGAGACCAGCGAUCGUACAGAAAAGAAUUGUUUGACGAUGCUGCAAAACAUCUUCAAAAAACCUUGCUCAAGACGGAGGCGGAGAUUUAUCUUUUUAAAGAAUUUGCUGCCAAAGUGGAAAGAAAAGCUGCAGAAAAUGCUUCCCUCGAGGAGGAUUAUGAUGACGCACCUGAUGAAUUCAAAGAUCCGCUUAUGAUGACACUCAUGCGUGACCCUGUCAUCCUACCAACCAGCGGUAAAAUUAUGGAUAGAGCAGUCAUCAUGCGCCAUUUGUUAAACUCGGACACAGAUCCUUUUAAUAGACAACCACUUACCACGGAUAUGUUAAAGCCAGCCACUGAACUUGUAGCACAAAUUAAGGAGUGGCUGGAAGCACAGAAAACAAAGGAAAGAUCAUUAUGAAAGAUAUUUAUGCCGAGCAAUUGUUUACGAAGAGGACACCUUGGCUUCCUUCAAUUAUUGGCUUUUAAUAGUUCUGCCACGUCAUAAGAAAUUACUUCAUCGUGGAAAGUCACCUUCUACGCCUGGCGUGGAUAAUCAACAGUAUGUUUGUUUUGAGUUAUUUGCCUGGUUUUGGGUAAUAAAGACCAAGCAAGUAUCUCGGUUUCUGCUCUUGCUCACUCUGAUUAAAAUUCGAAUUGUUGUUACGUAACGGCUUGCAGGCAUUUCCAGGAAGCUCCAGGACAAUUCAUUUCGAACAUAGAGUAAGAGCAAAUUCUUUUCAAGUGUAAUUUAUCAAGUAUAAAAGAUAGCUGUGUACUAAAGAGCGAGUAAAAAAUGUUUUUGAGUUGUGUAUUACCAUUUGAGGCAGGCUACAAAACAAUUUGCUUAUUUGCGGAUUCUCCGUUACCUAGCUGCAACUUUUGAGGUUUAUGAAAAUAGUGGACAUUAAACAUAAAUACUUUCAAAACCAGAUCUUUUGCUCAAAUGUUAAAAUUAUUUUGUUUGUUUUGCCAUUUUACAGACAGUUCUUAAAUUGUAGAUCAUUUAUUUCAUAUCCACAUUUUUUGUAUUGCAACACACAAAUUUUAACUGAACAAGGACCUCAACCAAUUUACCUUAACCCAAAUGCACUGCUUACUCACAUAACCAACACCAAUGACUAAGUGUCAAUUUUGGACUGACUGGUGAAUGUGGUGAACUCUUAUUUAAUGACUUCAUUUUGCAACAGACUGUAGUUAUUCCUUGACACUACAUGCAAAAGUUAAUAUAAUAACAAUGUUCCAGUUCGAAUCAAAAUAAAUCAUCCAUUUUGAAAUUA